AUGGCGCUCCUCGAAUUUGCCACGUCCUCUUGGAGAGAGCUAGCUGGCUUCAUGCCGAUUAGCCUCAGCGAGACGGUACACCAUGAGGCGGAACAGACGGCAAAUUCUAACAUUACCGGGAUGGCUCCAAGUCGCCACCUGCUGUCGCUAGCGAUCCUGCGACUACCGGAAAUUCUUCGAAAGCAGAGCUACGCUUCUAUGGGCUCUAUCUUGUCUUUGCACCGAGAUCGACUUCAAUGGACAUCGACAGGAGACGUGCAGGUCCUGCUUUUGCGCUAG